CCACGAGUCAUAAGGUGUUCCAUCUGCACAUGUUUGGGCUGAGGUUUUAUCUUGUAAUCAACAAUCUGCUGGGAUGACAGCCAGUGGCUGCUUCUGAGAGCUCAGGUUACUGUCAGCUGCUGUACCUUAAUCUCGCUAACUUGUUGAUGCUUAUUCCCUCUCUCCACCGUUUGUGUGGUGGGCUGAACCAUGGGGACAAAUAACCAGGAUGUAGCAUGUUACCUGGUUACUAAACAUUCAGUAUGGAAGGGAAAAUACAAACGCAUCUUCAGUGUGGGAAAUGCAGGCAUUACCACCUACAACCCAGGUAGUAUGGAGGUGACAAACCAGUGGUACUACCAUGAUUUUAUUAACAUAACUCCUGCCCUUAAGGGUGUUGGUCAAGUUCCUAAUGAAUUCAUGAUAACCAUGAAAAAAGGCAAAAAAGUGGACCAUAUGCGCUUUUCGUCUGACCAUCGGACAGACAUUAUCUCAGAGGCUCUUGUGUUCAGGCACAUUUUUGCUGAAGGAAUCAUUGAUAACCUGCGAGCCAAUGCACAGAAGGUCCACUGGUCAGAAGCAAAAAUCCCAGUUAUUUUAGAAGUUACAGCUUGCUCUGUUGAUCAGCUUGAUGCUGGCACAGGGACUCCUCUUGCUUCCUACAUGUUCAAAGAUAUAGAAACUCUUGUCCCAGUGUCUGACAUCCCUGGUGGUUUGUGCAUUCAGAAUGGAGGCUUUGGCGGGUUACACAUCUUCUCCAAAGACCGUCGGGAUGAAAUUCUCAGGAAAGUUGAAGACAAUGCUAAGAAAUACAUUGGUAUUUCAAUCCCAGCCAAAAAAGUUUGCAUUACUCUUCAAAAAGCAAUGGAAACUAGAGUAGGAAAAUAUAGUGGAGAUGAACACAUCACCUCUUUAUGUGAAUUUGUUGUUCACAAAGUAAGCCACAGACACUUGGAUCCUGUUAAAAGAACCCUCUGUAUUAGUGAGACAUGCCUUAUAGAACGGGAUCCCAAUUCCUAUGCCAUUGUUACGUUACGGCCCCUCUCGGAUGUUUUUGCUCUAGUCCGACAUCAAGAGAACCCACAAAUGCUCACAGUAGAGUAUGUUAGAGGUGGCAAUCGAGUGUAUACUUCCUCUGACAGAGAUUCAUUAUUAGCAUCUCUUAUUGAUGGUGUGCGAGCAUCCGGGAACUUGGAUGUCCAUGUGCGCAUGACGCCAACAUCACGAGGCAAGCGUCUAGGACCCCUUGAAGUACCAGUAGAUGAGGAAGUGGAAUCUAUGCAUCUAAAGUUUCUCCAACAGCCCCCACCUGGAUGGUCAUUUGCUGAGGCAAUAGAACGAUUCAAUGCAAAUGUCUCUUACUCGGGAUUGCUUCAUGCAGUCACAGGAGAGGGUCUUUUUGCGGAGAAUAAGGAACGUCUUAUCACUGGAGGUCUUGGUGCUCUGGUGCUACGAGAGGGAGACCAGAUAACCCUUCCAGCGGAGGAGGUGGAGGCACAGUUCCACGCCCUCCGCAGGCUUGUAGCAUCAAAAGCUGGGUUUGCAUGUCUUACGUCACUCCCUGGCUUCCGAGAAAAAGUAGGUGUGAAGGUUGUGAAAGCUUUACAGAGGAAUGAUGAUGGAGUGAAUCAUGCUGCCAUUGAUAUGCUUUGUGCACUCAUGCAACCAAUGCAUGACUAUCCAGAUCUAAAACAAGAACAACUUAACAAAGCCUCACUCCUCGCGUCAGCAAAAUUCCAAGAAAAGCUUCUGGAAAAUUGGGUUUUCCAUGUGACACAUGGGACUGGAGCACUUGUGGUGUCUGCUAUGCUGGAUUUCUUGACCUUUGCUCUCUGUGCUCCGUAUAGUGAAACAACUGACGGAGCUCAUUUUGAUCGUUUGCUGGAGAUGGUGGCAGACAAUGGCAGGUCCCUUUACAGGCUUUUCCAGCAUCCAUCACUAGCUAUUGUGAAAGGUGCAGGAUUAGUAAUGAAAGCUGUAAUAGAAGAAGGUGAAAAUGACAUCCCCAUGCGCAUGCAGCUUCUAGCCCUGACUGAAGGAGCACUACCACGCCACCUGUUCACAGCACUCUUCACCCAAACGUCUGAUGGGAGACUCCUAACACAUCGACAGCUCUCACGCCACCUUGUUUCCCUUUGGGCUGCAGAGAAUCAGCUUGCUAUCGAGCUUCUAGGACGAACUGUGCCACCAGGUCUUUUAGCUUUCCUUGGAAGUAAAGAGACUGUGUCGCUUGAUGAUAUUGACCGAUUGAACACCAGGGACAACUUGAAAAUGGCAGAGGAGGAUGAAGAAAGGAAUAAAAAGAAUCAAGUGUUGGAGACUUUAGACAGAGCAUACAAGAGCUCUGUCAAAAAAGUUGAGCAUUUGGUUGAAAGACACAUGGAUAAAAUAGAGACUGUGGAAAGACAUUUACAAAAAGGAGCGAAGCACGUGGAAGCUUACUAUGAGGCAUACCUGGAAAAACACGUAGACUUUGCUUUGCAACACUGGCGGUCUCGUAUGAAGAGAGAGAAGUCAGCUGAAGAGAAAUUUCGUGAACGACCUUUGGUGCUACGGAAAAGGAGAGAGAAACUCAAAGCAACUGCUAAUUGGCCUCUCUUUUAUUUCAAGUUCAAUCAAGAUCAUUCACUUCCAAAUCUAAUAUGGAAUUACAAAACUAGAGAAGAAUUACGGGUAGUGCUCGAAGCAGAAAUGCGAGCCUUUAAUGAAGACCGUGAUGUUAGAGGAGGGAUGGUCAUAGCCUGGAAUCACCAUGAGUUUGAAGUUAGCUAUCCAUCACUGAAGGAUGAAAUCAAGAUUGGUGACUACUAUCUUAGGAUCUUACUAGAGCAGGAGAAUAAUGCUUCAGAGGAAGAGUCGCCCAUUAGAAAAUCGUAUGAGUUCUUCAAUGAUCUUUACCACCGGUUCCUUUUGACCCCCAAAGUGGCUAUGAAGUGCCUCUGUUUGCAAGCUAUGGCACUUGUGUAUGGCCUGCACCACAAAGACAUUAAACAGUUCAAUGACACCCGCUAUAUUGUCACCAUGCUGUCUCGCACCUGUGAUAAACUAGAGAGGGACAGAUUGCUCCUCUUCUUGAAUAAGUUAAUAUUAGAAAAGUCCAAUGUACGGGAAAUUGUUGAAGCAGGUGGUGUACGCAUCCUCUCCGACCUACUGACUCUAGCUCACCUCCACAUCAGUCGUGCAGUCAUGCCAACACGGACCAAUGUUAUUGAGGCCUCACCUGACAUGGCACGAGACUCAGAGAAGGAGUGGUAUUAUCAGGUGAAAUAUAUUCAGUUGAUGGCUAAUGCAGUCAUGACAGAAAGUGACCUUGCAACCCUCAUCCUAAACAUGCUCAUCACCAUGUGUAGAUACUUUCCGUCACGGACAGACGACGGAGCAGUUAUACGUCCACUACCUCGCAUCAAGCGGCUGCUCUCUGACCCACUCUCUCUUCCACACAUUGUCCAAUUAUUGCUCACUUUUGACCCAGUCCUAGUUGAAAAGGUUUCUACACUUUUAGUGGAGAUCAUGCAAGACAAUCCAAACAUUUCAACAGUGUACACAACAGGAGUAUUUUACUUCAUCCUCAUGUAUAUGGGCUCGAAUGUGCUGCCUAUUGGGCGAUUCCUCCACAUGUCUCAUAUGCAGCAGUCAUUCAGAGCAGAGGAGAACACUGGUGGAGACAUCAUGAACCAGAGUAUCUUGGGCCAGAUUCUUCCUGAGGCUAUGGUCUGCUAUCUUGAGAAUUAUGGUGCUGAUAAAUUUGCUGAGAUCUUUUUAGGAGAAUUUGACACUCCAGAGGUAAUUUGGAGUAAUGAAAUGCGCAGACACAUGAUUGAAAAAUUGGCGUCGCACCUAGCAGACUUCACUCCACGUCUCAUGAGCAACACUCGGGCCCUUUACCAGUACUGUGCUAUCCCACAUAUCACUUACCCUCAGCUGCAGCAUGAACUAUUCUGUGAUAUUUACUACUUGAAACAUUUAUGUGAUGUGGAACGCUUCCCUGACUGGCCAAUCAAAGACCCAGUUGCGCUUCUGAAAAGAGUCUUGGCAGCAUGGCAGAGUGAGGUAGAAAAGCAGCCAUCUUCUAUGACUGUUGAAGAUGCUUACACAGAGCUUGGUCUGGAGAAUGAUUCUCGACAUGAUGAUGCUAAGAUUCGAAAAGCAUACUUUAGACUUGCUCAGAAGUACCAUCCAGAUAAGAAUCCUGAUGGAAGGGAUAAAUUUGAGAGGGUUAACAAAGCGUAUGAAUUCCUAUGUAGUCGAUCAGCACAUGCAGUAGAUGGGCCUGAUCCGAAGAAUAUUCUUCUAGUUAUCCGAACACAAAGCAUUCUUUUCUCACGCUACAAGGAUGUGUUGGCACCAUACAAAUAUUCUGGCUACCCAAUGCUCAUCAAGACCAUCCAGCUAGAGGCAGAUGAUGAGCAACUUUUCAGUAAAGAGACCUCACUACUCGCAGCAGCUGCAGAACUCACCUACCAUACUAUUAAUUGCUCUGCACUUAAUGCUGAGGAACUAAGAAGAGAAAAGGGACUUGAGGUACUACAAGGUGCCUAUAAUAGGUGUGUGAGUGUACUUAAUGCCAGUAGUAAACCCAGUGACGUUGCAGUUCAGGUGUGUACAAACAUUGCACGGUGCUACACGGCUGCUGCCUCCUUCCCUAUGUGUCGAGAGAAACUCAUUGAGAUGUCACACUUCAUCAAGGAUCUGUGUCACACACUUUACUUCAAGUCUUUGCUGCGUGUCUGCUUAGUGGGUGUGGAGUGUGUGUCAGCGCUGGCCAUUGAUCACAUCCUUCAGAUGAACUUGCUCCAAGCCGGCAUCCUCUGGCAUCUAUUGCUCUUCCUUUUCAAUUAUGACUACACUCUUGAUGAAGGUGGUGUCAGCAAGUGUGAAGAUUCAAACCAACAGGAGUUGAGCAAUCGACUAGCCAAGUUGGCCCUCUAUGCCUGUGGUCGUUUGGGUGGUCUAUACAUGGAAGAGGACAAAGUAACCCCAGCCAAUACUGUAAUCCAGGGAGUGCUUCAAAAACUGCUGACCCCUUACAUAGUUUCCCUUAUACCCAUCUGUUCAUCAGAAGAGGUGUUAAAGAUCUUGACAAGUAAUGUAGAGACGCCAUACCUCAUCUGGGACAACGGCACCCGUACACAGCUCAUUGACUUUCUGGCCAUCAACCAACAGGCUCAUGUGCGCACAGGCCAGUCAGAUCCAGAAUAUGGGGCAGCAUUUGAAUUUGAUGCUCACAAGGAUGAGCUUAUUAUUGGUGGAGUCUUCAUCAGAAUAUAUAAUGAGCAACCUUCAUUCCCUAUACAGAAGGCGAAGGAGCUUACCCUAGAGCUUCUCCAGUAUAUUGGUGGAGAAACCCAGUAUGUCCACUCUCUGCUGUCUCUCUCAGCCGCCACAGUGUCACAUCCAAGACUUGCACGUGUUGGUGAUGCCCUUCAAGCUCUCGUUAAUGUCAUAAAAAAUAACCCAGGACGAGACUGUAAAGCAUCCCUAGAUGGUGAGCGGGAACCAGGAGUUGAGAUGCAGUGCAUAGGUCACUUCAAGCUGCUCUUCUCUCUGCUGCGACUGGAGGGUUGUGUGAGUGUGCAACAGUGUGUGUUGGCUGUGAUGGAGGGAGUGACUGGUAAUGCUGACUGUGUCAGUGAUAUUGCUGCUUCAGAGGUACUGGUGUAUUUGAUGCUGGCACUGCACUCUCCAGCUCUCACAGCUGAUCGUAUGAUGUCCCUUAAUAUUCUCCAUGCCCUCAUGUCCAACACCAAGAUAGUUAAAGAAGCCCUCAAUAAAGGGGCUGUUAUGUAUCUACUCAAUAUUUUCUGUUCAUCGGAUGAUGGAGAUGUAAGAGAGAAAACAGCAGAGCUAAUGGGCAAAAUGACUUGUGACAAGUUAGUUGGCCCUCGUGUUAGACUGAUACUUCUCAGAAUUCUUCCUGCCGUCUUGGUAGAUCAGAUGCGUGACUCACCCAGCACUGCAGUCUAUUUAUAUGAGGCUCAACAUGAGAACCCAGAACUAAUAUGGACGGACGAAUCUCGGCAAAAUGUUUCAGCCGUGGUUUCUAGAUUAGUAGAAGAAAUUCAUAGUCAGCAACAGGAAGAUCCAAAUUCAAAUUGGAAAUUCCCCGAGGAAGUUUCAUUAUCAUCAACUUCUGGAGAAGUGGUGGUUGGAGGAGUUUUCCUGCGACUCCUAGUUGCAAAUCCAUCAUGGGUGGUUCGCAAACCAAAAACUUUCAUAUCUGAUCUUUUUGAUGCUGUACUAGACCAGCUAGCAAGGGGUGGCAGUGAUGUAACUCUCUUGCACUGGGGGGACACACUAGAGCUAGUGAUGAGUACUGUGGUUGCUGUGUUAUCAGCUCAACGUAACUUGCUCGAGUACCUGCCGCAACUAGGUCAUUUCCCUCGAGUGGUGUCGCAGCUGCACUCAAAAAACUCACAGUACUCGUGGGUUUAAAAAGAAGAAAUACAUUUUUUUUAUCAGGUUUGCUUCAUGUCCUUUAGGGGAACAGAAGUUAAGCUGGGCCCAGUUUCACCCGAAGUUGCUCCUGAGUCGGGGUGGCUUGUGAAGCCCUUUCAUAACCUUUUUCUGGGGGGGGCACGUCCCGCCACUGCAUUUGUUGAAGGGCCUCAGAGCAAAGUCAUUCCCAACUUUUCUCUGCUUGAGUCAAAGCUUGAUGCAAUUCAAAAACCAGCAUCUAAACCCAAAACACAGAUUUUUACCUCCUCAAAACUUGGCGCUUCACCUCAGCAUCUACUGCAGGUCAAUGCUCUUUUGUCAAAAUCAGCAGUUUGGCCUCAGUACCGUGACCAAAAACACGACCUGUUUAUUGAAUCUUCACCUACUGCUGGGUACCUGAUGGGUGGGGCACCUGGAGUGGCUGGCUUCCUCACUCAGGGCUCCUCACGAGCCAUGCCAUCAACUCCUCCAUCAGUUAAUAGUACUCACAGACAGCCUGAAUUACCCUGAGUACUUCCUCGUGAUGAAAGAUAAGAUUUUUUUUUUGUCUAAUGUAUAUACAAUAUCAUUAUCAUGCGCAUGAUCUCUAUACAGAAAUGUAAAACAAAAUUCCUUGGAGCUUUUUAAUAUAAUUAUUUCCAUGGAAUAUAAUUUUAGUACUGCAGACUGUGAUUUCUACACGUGAAGAAGAUAUAUUGGAGUGUACAGUAAUUUAAUUCUUUAUCAUAUACAUAAUUGAUUUCUUGAUUAAUGCACUAAAGUGUUACAUUCUUGACUUGAUUAACAGCAGACUUAUAGUUUCGAAAAAAUAAUAUUGCCCAAGUUGCCAGGACAUGUGAUAUCAAGUAGUUAUAACUAAUAUUUUAAUCUUGGAAUGAAUUAUAUAUCUGAUAAAAUGUAUAUUCAAAGCACACACAUUAUGCCUGACUGCCAUCAACACUUUUUCUAAAGCUUGCAUCAAUAGAUCAUAUCAUCACAUUGUAUAACCUUCAAAUAAUAUAACACUGAUCUGUCCCUUUUUAAUGUUGGAAGAGCUAGUGGUAUGUAUUCACAAGUUCUGUUAUAAGGUGUUUAUGAAGUAUCUGUUUAUGGUUUACAGUAUUUGAAAAUCCAGUUUUCUUUUUGAAGCUUUAUCAGUACACCAAAUAUGGCUUGGGUAUGACUUGUACAAUAUGAGUGCUAUAUCUUACUGUGUUCACUUCUAAUCCACAAAUUGCAGGUGAAACUAGUCAACAUUUUAGUGUCCCAGACCAUUACCAACUCUUGACUUCAUAAGAGUUCAUGAUGAACCAAAAUAUCACCUAGUUUGGUCUCCAAUUUCUGGGUUAGAUAUGAAUUGUUCUAGCCAUGGUAUUAUUAUUACUAUAUUCGUGGGGAAGUGCUAAACUGUUAGGGGUUAUACAGUGCUUGGUAAAUGGGAGGUAAUCAUGUUUGAUCCAGAGAAAGGAAGGAUAGCUUCAGUUCCUUGGAUCAUGAGCUCUUUUCCAUCAUCAAGGCACUCUCUCUCGAGUGUAUUAUUUGCUGCACAGAAAUUAUGAAUAAAAAAUUAAAAUCUCUGAUAGGUUUUCUUAUAGUGCUAAUUUGACAGUAAUUAUUUUAAAAACUAAUUUACAGAAUUAAUGAUGGUCUAUACAGUAUUCAGCAAGCUGUUAGUGCUUCCUAUCUUACUCCUCCAGAAAGGACCUUGACUGAUGAAUGUUGAUUCGAAGGAAUAAGGUAAUCUCUCCAACCCUACUGAAUAUGCAUUAUUGUUGAAGUACGUAACACUAAAGCAGAGUUUCUCAGAGUGGGCUGUGACCUCCCAUGGGGGUCAUGAAUCAUGAGUGGGAUAAGCCUUAAAUGGCUCAUGGGUUCUCUUAGUAAAUUGGCUGAGAAAUGCUGAACUAGAAAUUUGCUCUUAAAAUUGAUUUAGAGUUUGGGCACAUUAAUUAUAAGAAAUAAAGACAGUGGUAGCAGAAAAUCCUUUCAAUACAUUGUUUUUCCUAAGCUUUCUCAAGUAUAUAAGAAGAAGCAAAUAUAUCACCUUUUAAAGCAGACAAGCACCAAGAGGUCAGACUUGGAGAAAGGCCAUAUGUGAGGUCAUGUGGCCUCGGUUUCAUGACCGCUCUACCUUGGUGGGAAACAGUUGAUGUGUUAAUAAAAAAAAUGAAAUAACAUAUAGCCUGUCUUCAAGCCUGACCUCAUGGUGCUUGUUUGCUUUAUAAGCACUGCACUUGACUAACAUAUUACACACACAUUUAUGAAAAUGAAUUUGAAGAUGUAUUUUUUUGAUCUAGCAGAUUUUCUGGCAGGCAAAAAAAAAAAUCCAAUAUGUUGUACUAAUAAUUCAAUAUGUUUUUUCAUUGUCAUUUAUAUGCAAUAUAAAGUGCCUGAGAACUUGUGCAUAAAACACUAGUAUAGCAUUAAAAUAUAACAAGAUUUGUAAGUAUAUAAACGAGUGAUUCAAAAGUCUGUGUUAAUUUAUUAUUAAAGAUCUUCAUAAUCUUUCAGGUUGCAUGAUAAGAACAAGAAUAAUUUUAAAUCAUGAAUUAAAUGAAAAAAAUUCUAAUUAAUCCUUUGACUUUAUAGUAUUUUAUAUCUUCAUAAUUUCAUUGUGCAUCAGAGCAUUGUCUUGUAUCUCUAACUUCCGAAAGUUAAAAUCAAUCAUAGAAUAUUAGCUUUGAUGAAGUAUUCCUUGUUACAGCAUGCUCAGAUCCUCUGAAUAUUCUCACCAAGGAAUUAACACAUGCCAUACCAUGGUGUAAUUUGAAGGUUAUGUCAGUACAUUCUAAAUACACAAGCAGUAAUUGCCACUCUUGGAAGAGUUGAGUGUGGCAUUUUUUUCAAUUACUUUUAUUCCAACUCUUCAUCAGUUUCCCACGAAUGCAGUCACCUAAAAAAAAAUGCAUAUUUUCAAGGAAAAUUUAUAUAGGUCCUGUAAGGAAAUCAUUUUAUUUCUGUAAUUUAAAUAUCUUUAGCUUUUAUAAUGUAGAGUUUCACAUUAUCAAUCAAAUUAUUUGAUGAAAUCUUUAUAUACUUAAAUAUUUGGAGUGUAUUCAUCCACUUGUGCAACAAAGUUUUCAUAUGGUUCAAAUAUUUUGGACAUCAAAAGCCUGGUAAUUAAGAGCUUAUUAAAUAUAAUUGUGCUUUAAUCCCUUAACAUCACAAGAAAUUUGUAAACAGAACUCUGUUUCAUUGGGUAAUAGGGUGCAUUCCCCCCCCCCCCACACACACACACACAGGAGCUGUGACUCGAUCCCUGUAGCCACAACUUGGUGAAUACACCCCCCCCACACACACACACACAGUGAAGAGGCAGGGCCAGGAGCUAUGACUUGAUCCCUACAACCACAAUUAGGUGAGUACACACACACACACGGCUUCUGCCCAGACAUAGCAUUAGUCAAAUAUAUAAUAUUUUAAGCCAGUUGUAGUACAAAUGCAUCAUCUAACAGACAUGUACACGGAUGCGUAAUAGCAUGUACGAGUCUCGGAUCCUGGAGUCUGCUUUGCUGAUAACAGCAUAAUAAUGUACCUAUAUGAAUCUUAAAUAAUGGGAAAUAAAAUACAAAAAGCUAACAAAUUAUCAAUUGUAAAACUCUCUGAAGGAAUAUAGUAAUACAUAUUUUACUUAUGAUUGGUAUUUGCAUGAUAAUUAGAUGCAUUUACUAAAAUCAUUUAGGUAAGAUAGUUAUAAUAGGAUCAGUACUGAGGCACUAACAGACAGUUGUCACUGGGUAUACUUACAUACAUACAGUUGCCAUUUAAGGUCUCAUACAUACCACUUGUAAGUUUGCUGCUCAUGGUAGUGAUGAGUAUCAGAUACCCAGCUCACCACAGAGAGACUGCCUUUUACCAGCUAUGAACAACUUGUAAUUAAUGGGUAUAUUUAAAGUUUGAUUUUGAUUUCCCACAUUACUUAGGAAAUAAUUAUCAACUUUUAUUCACUGUUUGGUAAUACUGAAGAUAAAGAUACUCGGUGUUAUGUAUAAUUACUUUCUUUUUUUAUUAAUUAAUAUAACAUUUAAGAUGCUGUUAUGUCUUAGUUUUCUGUUCAUUACUUUCUUUAUAAAAGCAUGAACAGCACAUUAAUUUGUCCUAAUUAUUUGUACAAAAGAAACAUUUCAUGAUAGUAAUUUUGCAUUAUUUAUACAGACUAACUCGAGUCAAAUUACAGUUAGUUUUCCAGCUAGUCUGUGUGUAACUGAUGGAUGAUAUGUAAUGUGACAAUUGAUUGUAAGGUUUUUCACUUGUAUAAAUGUAAUUUACUUUUAUUUUCAUUGAUUUAUUUAAACGUGGCUUAAGAAUAUACAAGAGAGACUACAGCAUUCCCCUGGGGUAAUUUUACUGAAGAGUUAAUUUUGGGUAUAACACAUAUUUGUAAAUAGCUCUAAGAUAGUUGCUCUAUAGUUAAGGAAGUUAAAUGCUUCCAUUAUACUGUAUAUGCUGAUGACCAACUACACUGAGUAUAUGAAAAAGCUCAUAUUACACAUUAUCAUAUCAUUGUGGUAAUUUAAGUAAAAUUUAUAUAGUUUGUAGAUUAAAACUAUUGGUAAUCACAUUAUUUCCCAGUAUUUAACAUGACAGUUUUUGUAUAUGUUCAGCUAGACAAAACUACCAAGAGUUCUCAACCUGUGGUCUGCAAACAUUUAAGGAUUCAUAUAUAUCUAUGAAUUGCUGAGGAUGAAAAAGUAAAUUCUUCUUCUAAAACAUAUUUGCUCUUCACAUUACUGUAAUAGAAACUAGUAGCCUCUGGUAAUUCAUGAAAUCUUAUUGAGUGUUGUGGGGUCUGCAAACCCAAGGUUCAGAAUCUACCUGUUUGUCUAUCAGUAGGCAUAUAAAGUACCUUGUUUAUAUUAUUUUUUACAUUAUUAUUACAGUAGAGCCAAGACAAUAUUUUUUACAGUAAGCAUUGAUGAAUAGUCUGGAGAUAGUGUUCAACAUAAUUUGAGUUACCAUACAAACACCUGCAGCUUGCCAUCUCUCAGAACAAAUUUCCCUGCCAAGCAAUGCUUUGCAUCCUGCACUAGUAACAGCUGCAGAGAUUACAUCUCUUGUCCCAUGUUUUAUUUUCUUGAUGUGGAUUAUAUUAGUUUUGGAACAAAGAUCUGUUAUAUGUACAUUACAAGCUGUCCUGUGAUGUAGGGAACAAUGGUUGUAGCAUAAUGUAUAUACACAAUUUUUAUAAUGAAAUGUCUAUAAUAACAAAUAACUUCUGUAAAAACAUCAAGUUGAUUGCAUUGUUCACAAUACUUUGAAAACUGAAUAAAUAUACAAGAAAG